UGUUUGUGGUGCCGGUUUGAAUUGGUGGUUGGACGGGAUUUGUUUGGUUUGAAGGGUUUUAAGCAGGACAGUAUGAAGAAAGACCAAGUUAUGAAAUGUCAGUUUUCAGCAUGGUAUCCCCUUUUUAAACAGCACACAAUCAGAAGUGUUGUGCUCCCAAUACCAAGGAAUGUCAUCGAUUAUUUACUUGAUGAUGGAACACUUGUCGUUUCUGGCAGUGAAGACCCGCCGAGAUGUAUCCAGGCAGAUAAUGAAUCAAGCGAUGAUGAGGAAGAGGUGCAGUGGUCUGAUGAUGAGAACACAACAACAUUAACGGCACCUGAAUUCCCAGAGUUUGCAAAUGAAGUGCAGGAAGCUAUCAAUUCCUUGGGAGGAAGUGUUUUCCCCAAAAUGAACUGGAGUGCUCCUAGAGAUGCUCACUGGAUAGCCCUUAAUAGCUCCUUGAAGUGCAAGACUCUAAGUGACAUCUUUCUUCUCUUUAAGAGUUCAGACUUUAUAAUGCGUGACUUCACACAACCGUUUAUUCGCUGUACAGAUGAUUCACUUGAUCCUCCUGUGGAAUAUGAGCUUGUGCUUAGAAAAUGGUGUGAACUGAUUCCUGGAGGAGAGUUUAGAUGUUUUGUCAAGGAAAAUAAAUUAAUAGGUAUCUCUCAAAGGGACUAUACCCAGUACUAUGAUCAUAUUAAUAAGCAAAAAGCAGAUGUUAUAAAUUCUUUAGAAGAGUUUUUCAAGCAACACAUUCAAUACAAGUUCCUGGAUGAGGACUUUGUUUUUGAUGUCUACAGAGAUAGUAUGGGGAGAGUAUGGCUUAUAGAUUUUAACCCUUUUGGAGAAGUCACUGACUCUCUGCUAUUUACUUGGGAGGAGCUGGUGUCUAGACAAAAUCUGACAGGUAUUGAAAGUGAAGAAGACAGAAAUCAGGAUUGUCCAGCAUUCCGUUGCACAACUAGUGAAGUUACUGUGCAACCCAGUCCCUACUUGAGUUACCGAAUACCCAAGGAUUUUGUCGAUCUUACAACUGGUGAAGAUGCUUUUAAACUCAUUGACUUUCUUAAACUGAAAAGAAAUGAGCAAGAAGACUCAGACAAUGAAUCUUAAACUCUACAUUAUUAGGAACAGCCCGAAUGUAAUGAAGACUGUAACUCUGCUGUAGAUGUUCAUAUGGAGCAUAACACUGAGAAGAGAUUGCAAAGCAGCAGUUCUACAGACUGACAGAGCAGUGUACUUCCAUGCUAUUCUCCUGUAGUUGAUUUUGACACCUCAGCAUAGUGGUACUGACUGUGUUGCAUCUCCACAGUGUUACUACAUUAUGAUAAUGUCCUUCAGUUUACAGCUUUAUGGUACUCUAAAAAGAAUUGUGCCUGGUUAUUUGUUUUAUUCAUUCCCAAUGUACCUCGACCUUUUUUAUCAUCACAUCCGUUUUGUUGCACUUUUUUUUUUCAAAAUUGUAAUCAGCAUAGUAGUGUCUGAAGUAGAAAUGUACUUUUCUGCAAGUUCAGUUUAACAUUUUUAUGCCAGAUGGAUACAUUUUGCAUAUUUGGCUAUAUUUUAGUAUUUUUCUUUCUUCUUUUCCAUGCUUAACUUUAUAUCCAUACAUAUUAAGAAAAAAUUAGUCUACCUCUUGAUUGUGAAAAAAGUUCCAUGCAUUUUCUAUCAUGGCCAUCCACUGAAAGCAUCAGUAAACUAAAGGGCUCAAUUGUAUUGUUGCAUUGUAUUGCAUCUUGUCCAGGUUUCAGAGAAGUAUGUUUGAACUGUGCAUUUGAGGAGCAGUAAGGACAUAUUUAAGGUAAGGAAAGGUUGUCUGUACUAAGUAAAGAGUAAGAAUAGUAUAGACCUGUUAUUAAUUAGUAACUAUUGUUUUAUUGCAUUAUAAAGUUAAACAUAAAGCACUGAUUCUUUGUCACUGA